AUGCAUUUCUUCAAGUCCGUCAAGCCGGCAGCUGCCGGCACAGCCCUCAUCGCUGCCUUGGCCCCCAAGGAGUUGAAUAUCAACGACCCAUCAUCGAUCCGUGGAGUGGCCAAGACCAUUGCAGCUGGGGCGAUGAGCUAUUAUUCCGGCACCGCCGAGAAGUUCGUCGACCUCCCCAAGCCGCACUACUGGUGGCAAGCCGGUGCGCUCAUGGGCUCCAUGCUAGAUUACAGUCACUACACGAAUGAUAGGUCCUACGACAAGCUCAUCUCCACGGCCCUGCUGGCUCAAGUAGGGCCCAACUUCGAUUACAUGCUUCCGUCCCAUUUUGGACAAGAAGGCAACGACGAUCAGGCGUUCUGGGGUUUCGCUGUCAUGUCGGCGGCCGAGAGGAACUUCCCGCACCCGGACGAGAACGUCCCGUCCUGGCUGCAGCUCGGCUCCAACAUCUGGAACUCACUAUCUUCGAGGUGGAACACGACGGCAUGCGGCGGCGGUCUUUUGUGGCAGAUCUUCGCCUCAAACCCCAACGGGCUGGACUACAAAAACACGGUCAGCAACGGCGGUCUCUUCCAGAUCUCGGCCCGGCUCGCUCGGGCAACCGGCAACAACACCUACUUGGAAUGGGCGGAGAAAGUGUGGGAUUGGACAGAAGCUGUCGGCUUGAUCGAUGCGGAUGGCAACGUCUAUGAUGGUGCCCAUGCGAGCCGCGACUGCAAGGACACCAAUCCCGUGACCUUCUCCUACAGUGCCGCCAUCUACCUGUACGGCGCAGCCGUCCUGGCCGACUACACAAAGGACCAAAAGUGGGUAGAGCGCACGGAGCGCAUCCUCGGGGCCGCACGCUCGUUCUUCAGCCCCUUCGACAACGCCACCAACAUCAUGUACGAGCACGCCUGCGAGCAGGUCUUUACGUGCAACCAAGACAUGCGCAGCUUCAAGGGCUAUUUCUCGCGCUUCGUCUACGCGGCCAGCCUGUUCGUUCCGUCCAUCCAGCCGGCGAUCGAGGAGUUGUGGCAUACCUCGGCGUUGGCUGCUGCCAAGGCUUGCUCGGGCGGCGCGAGUGGUACGCAGUGUGGACAGAAGUGGUACGUCGGCGGGUUUGACGGCAUGACAGGGCUGGGCGAGGAGAUGUGUGCUUUGGAGACCAUUCAGGGGCUGCUCGUUGGCCAGUCGAAGCCGCCUUUCAGGGGUGACGAGAUCACGACCGUCCGCACUUUUGCGGGGUCGUCUCCUGCCAAGCGGGGGAGAUUCGAUAUGCAGUUGGUGUGA